GCAGAUGGUCCACCCCCUCUUCCUCCUCCUGCCCCAGGCUGAAAACCUCCACGACUUUCCCGUCUCCCAGCCCAGAGCCCCGAGUCCGUUCACUGUGGCGACAACGGUGGCAGAGUGGGUCUUCGGGGGCAGAGGUGGCGAGGCCCCCGGGAGGGGUGGAGCGCGGAGGAGGCUGCGGUCCCGCCUCCCGCGCCGCAGGGCCGGGUGUUCGGAGCGCGGCCCUGGUCCCCGCAGGCGCGACAAGGGGCGCCCGGCGAGCCCAGUGGUUAGCGAUGCUGCUGCUGCGGUCGUCGCUGCUGCUGCUGCUGCUGCUGCUGGGGGCGCCGCGUGGCUGCGCUGAGGGCGCGGCGGCGACGCCCACCCCCGAGCGGGUCCUCGAGUGGCAGGAUAAAGGAAUAUUCAUUAUCCAAAGUGAGAGUCUCAAGAAAUGCAUUCAAGCCGGUAAAUCUCUACUGACCCUGGAGAACUGCAAGCAGCCAAACAAGCACAUGCUGUGGAAAUGGGUUUCAAACCACCACCUCUUUAACGUAGGAGGCAGCGGUUGCCUGGGCCUGAAUUUAUCAAAUCCAGAGCAGCCAUUAAGCUUAUAUGAAUGUGAUUCCACCCACGUAUCCUUGGGGUGGCGCUGUAACAGGAAGACGAUCACAGGCCCGCUGCGGUACAUGGUCCAGGUGAAGCACGACAACACGGUGGUGGCCUCGUGGAAAUAUCUUCAUAAGUGGAUUUCCUAUAUGUCAGGUGGUGGAGACAUUUGCGAGCAUCCGCACAAAGAUUUGUAUACAAUCAAAGGGAAUGCCCACGGGAUGCCAUGUGUGUUUCCCUUCCAGUAUAACCAUCAGUGGCAUCACGAAUGCACCCGGGAAGGUCGGGAUGACAACUUACUGUGGUGUGCCACGACAAGCCGAUAUGAAAGAGAUGAAAAGUGGGGAUUUUGCCCAGAUCCCACCUCUGCAGGAGUCGGUUGUGAUGCCAUCUGGGAGAAGAACCUGGAUUCACACAUUUGCUACCAAUUCAACCUGCUGUCAUCUCUUUCUUGGAGUGAGGCACAUUCUUCAUGCCACAUGCAAGGAGGUGCUUUGUUAAGCAUUGCGGACGAAACUGAAGAAAAUUUCAUAAGGAAGCACAUGAGUGGUGAUGCGGUAGAAGCGUGGAUAGGUCUGAACCAGCUGGACGACCGGGCUGGCUGGCAGUGGUCCGAUGGAACUCCGCUCAACUAUCUUAACUGGAAUCCAGAGAUACAUUUUGAGCCAUUUGUUGAAUAUCACUGUGGAACAUUUAAUUCACUUUUGCCAAGUGCCUGGAGGAGUCGGGAUUGUGAAUCUACCUUACCAUAUAUAUGUAAAAAACAUCUAAACCACACUGAUCACGAAAUAGUUGAAAAAGAUGCUUGGAAAUAUCAUGCUACCCACUGUGAGCCUGGGUGGAAUCCCUACAAUCGUAAUUGCUACAAACUUCGGAAAGAAGAAAAGACCUGGAACGAGGCUCUGCAUUCUUGCCAGUCUGAUAACAGUGCAUUAAUAGACAUUGUUUCAUUAGCAGAGGUGGAGUUUUUUGUAACCCUCCUUGGAGAUGAAAAUGUAUCAGAAACAUGGAUUGGUUUGAGCAGCAAUAAAAUUCCAGUUUCCUUUGAAUGGUCUACUGGCUCUUCAGUCAUCUUUACUAACUGGCACAUGCUUGAGCCCCAAAUUUCUCCAAAUAGAAGCCAGCUAUGUGUCUCAGCAGAGCAAUAUGAAGGACACUGGAAAGUUAAAAACUGUGAAGAAACACUUUUUUACAUUUGUAAAAAAGCAGGCCGCGUCCUUUCUGACACUGAAUCAGGAUGUCAAGAGGGAUGGGAGAGACACGGUGGGUUCUGUUACAAAAUUGACACAGUUCUUCGAAGCUUUGACCACGCUUCCAGUGGUUAUUACUGUCCUCCUGCGCUUGUAACCAUUGCAAACAGGUUUGAACAGGCUUUUAUUACCAGUUUGAUCAGUAGUGUGGCAAAAACAAAGGACAGUUAUUUUUGGAUAGCUCUUCAAGACCAAAAUGAUACAGGAGAGUACACUUGGAAGACAGCAGGGCAGACGUCCGAGCAGGUGCGGUACACGCACUGGAACGUGCAUCAGCCCCGCUACAGCGGUGGCUGUGUUGCCAUGCGAGGAAGUCAUCCGCUUGGUCGCUGGGAAGUAAAGGACUGCAGACGCUUUAAGGCAAUGUCCCUGUGCAAGCAGCCAGUCGAAAGCCGGGAGAAAACCGAGCAUGAGGAGAGAUGGCCCUUCCACGCCUGCUAUUUGGACUGGGAGUCAGAGCCCGGUCUGGCCAGUUGCUUCAAGGUUUUUCAUAGUGAAAAAGUCCUGGGGAAAAGAACAUGGAGAGAAGCUGAAGCAUUUUGUGAAGAAUUUGGGGCUCAUCUUGCAAGCUUUGCCCACAUUGAGGAAGAGAACUUUGUGAAUGAGCUCUUACAUUCAAAAUUUAAUCGGACAGAGCAAAGGCAGUUCUGGAUUGGAUUCAAUAAAAGAAACCCACUGAAUGCUGGCUCUUGGGAGUGGUCUGAUGGAACGCCUGUUGUCUCUUCAUUUUUAGACAAUAUUUAUUUUGAAGAAGAUGCAAGAAAUUGUGCUGUGUAUAAGGCAAAUAAAACAUUGCUGCCCCUGCACUGUGGUUCCAAACGCGAGUGGAUAUGCAAAAUUCCAAGAGAUGUGAGACCCAAGAUUCCAUCCUGGUACCAGUAUGAUGCACCCUGGCUCUUCUAUCAGGACGCAGAAUACCUUUUUCACACCUAUGCCUCAGAAUGGUCCUCCUUUGAGUUUGUCUGUGGCUGGCUGCGCAGUGAUCUUCUCACAAUUCAUUCUGCACGUGAGCAAGAAUUCAUCCACAGCAAAAUAAAAGCGCUAUCCAAGUAUGGUGCAAAUUGGUGGAUUGGACUUCAAGAAGAAAGAGCCAAUGAUGAAUUUCACUGGAGAGAUGGAACACCAGUAAUAUACCAGAACUGGGACAAAGGGAGAGAAACAUCUGUGAAUAAUCAAAGCCAGAGAUGUGGCUUCAUUUCUUCCAUAACAGGACUCUGGGGUAGUGAAGAGUGUUCACUUUCUAUGCCUAGUAUCUGUAAACGAAAGAAGAUUUGGGUCAUAGAGAAAGAGAACGAUACGCCAAAACGACAUGGAACCUGUCCCAAGGGAUGGCUAUAUUUUAACUAUAAGUGCCUUUUGAUAAAUAUCCCCAAAGACCCAAGCAAUCAGAAGAACUGGACACGUGCUCGAGAUUUCUGUGUUGAAGAAGGAGGGACAUUGGUCGCCAUUGAAAGUGAAGUGGAGCAAGCUUUCAUUACUAUGAAUCUUUUUGGCCAGACCACUAAUGUGUGGAUAGGAUUACAAAAUGAUAAUUAUGAAAAAUGGUUAAAUGGAAAGCCUGUGGCAUAUUCUAACUGGUCUCCAUUUGAUGUAGUAAAUAUUCCAAGUCAUAACACCAAUGAAGUUCAAAAACAUAUUCCUCUCUGUGCCUUGCUGUCAAAUAAUCCUAAUUUUCAUUUCACUGGAAAAUGGUAUUUUGAAGACUGUGGAAAAGAAGGCUAUGGGUUUGUUUGUGAAAAAAUGCAGGAUACUUCCGGACAUGGUGUAAAUACAUCUGAUAUGUAUCCAAUUCCCAGUACCUUAGAAUACGGAAACAGAACUUACAGAAUAAUUAAUGCAAAUAUGACUUGGUAUGCAGCAAUAAAAACCUGCCUGAUGCAUGGAGCAGAACUGGUCAGCAUUGCAGACCAGUAUCACCAGUCCUUCCUCACAGUGGUCCUCAACCGGCUAGGACACGCCCACUGGAUUGGGCUGUUCACUGAAGAUAAUGGUCUUAAUUUUGACUGGUCAGAUGGCACCAAAUCCUCUUUCACUUUUUGGAAAGACGAGGAGUCAUCCUUCCUUGGUGACUGUGUUUUUGCUGACACCAGUGGACGCUGGCAUAGCACAGCCUGCGAGUCAUUCCUGCAAGGUGCCAUUUGUCAUGUGCCCACUGAAACAAGACCACUUGAACACCCAGAAUUGUGCUCGGAAACAUCUAUUCCCUGGAUAAAAUUUAAAAGUAAUUGCUACAGUUUUUCUACAGUCCUAGACAGUACGAGUUUUGAGGCUGCUCAUGAAUUUUGCAAAAAGGAAGGAUCUAAUCUUUUAACAAUCAAGGAUGAGGCUGAAAAUGCAUUUCUCCUAGAAGAGCUUUUUGCUUUUGGUUCUUCUGUCCAGAUGGUUUGGUUGAAUGCUCAAUUUGAUAGUAACAAUGAAACCGUCCAGUGGUUUGACGGAACUCCCACAGACCAGGCAAACUGGGGCAUUCGGGAGCCAGCCACGGACCACUUCAAGCCCCAUCAGUGUGUUGCCCUAAGGAUCCCCGAAGGAGUGUGGCAGUUAUCCCCCUGUCAAGAAAAAAAGGGCUUUAUAUGUAAAAUGGAGGCAGAUAUUCACACUAUAAAGGAGCAUCCAGGAAAAGCACCAACUCACAGCGUCGUUCCUCUUGCAGUGGCACUGGCCCUAAUAAUCACACUGGCCGUUUCCACACUUGCCUUCUGCAUAUGCAAGCAGAAUAGUGGCUUCUUCAGGAGACUUGCGGGGUUUGGGAGUCCUUACUAUCCUACAACCAACUUAAGUACAGUACAUUUAGAAGAAAAUAUUCUCAUUUCUGAUCUUGAGAAGAAUGACCAAUAAUCACAAAGUCAGAGAAUGUCACAGCUGUGAGGAUGAGUAAAGAAGACAAAAUGGGGCUUCUCUUCCGUAUUUCCCUUCAUAGAGCAGAUGCCAUUGGAAUGUGAAUUGGGUCCCUAUUUUAAUUAUUCUUGAAGUGAUUUAAGAGUUUUGAAUUGUAACCAAAUUAGAUGGGCUUUGGUUUAUUCCUUUCCCUAAACUGUGAUCCAUUCUUAAAAAGGAACUUAUACAGUGGUCAUUAUUCAGAAAGACAAGAACUGUUAAAAGAAACUCCCUCUCGAAAACUCUCAAACUAAUGUGAAUAAUAGUUUUUGCAUUAAUAUAUUUCCGCUAAAAUUUUUUGGGAAUUUUAAAACUAAUCUGGUAGCUAUUCGUACAUUUGCCUACACUCAUUCCAUUCAGAGAGAGAGAAGAAAAGCCAAAAAAUACAUAUAUACAUAUAUUUAAUAUUUGUACAUAAGAGGAAAAGGAAAGGCUUCUGAGAGGUUUCCUGUUUGUUUAAUUCAAUUUUUAAUAGCAGGAUUUGAAAAAUACUAAUUUCUAAGCUUGAGGGUCACAGGUUCUGGGCUCUAAACCAAUAUGUAAGGUGACAUUUGUUUUUAUUAGGUCUGACUUCUCAAGCUAAAGGAGAGUAAAACAUGCCUUUCUUUAAACAGUAAGGCUCUUGGUUAGCAGCACACUUUCAUAAGCAACCACACAGUUAAAAUGUGGCCUUAAACUCAGUUACUAAAUGAUGACAAAGUUUGAUAUUUAAAAAUGUUUUGCAGAUAAGCUUAAAGGAAUAUAUUGGGAUUUUAAUCCUGCUAAAACUCAUGGACUUCAUUAAAAACUAAAGAUAUAAGAUAAUAUAUAAGACUCAACCAAAAGAUAUAAAGUAUAACUUGAAUUUAAUAGGGAAAAAUUAAAGAUCUGAAUAACUAGAGGAUAUAUUGAGAAGCACUAAAUAAAUUACUCUGUAAUAGUACUUUAGAUACUUUAUUAUAUAAAUGAGUUUAUUUUAGGUGUUCUAUUUUAGUAAACCAUGAUUUCUGGGAACCAUCUCCUUUUAUAUUAGACUAGUUGGUGCAGUUGGUAAGCAAUAAUUUAAAGUAUAACACUGUAAAUUUUUAAAAAUCACAGAUUUUAUCUUCCUCCAUUAAUUUCUUAUCAAGAAAAAUGGCUCCAUAAUCAAUAUGCAAAAGUUUACUCAUUACAUAAACAUUUAUUGAGUUGUGAUUAAGAACCAAGUGCUAUUCUAGAAACAGGGGUACUCGAGUGAGCAGGUCAGUUAGGUCUCUGUUUUCAUGGCACUUGUUGUCUAAUGAGGAAGAGCUGACAGUAACCACCAGUAAAUGCAUAAGAAAUACAAAGAAAUGCAUCCAUAGAAAAUAGCAGGUGUUUAUUACAAAUUAAGUAAGGUCCUGUGAUAGAAGGAAACUGAGGAGACCUGGGAGCCUUCCUGAGAGUGUACAUUUUAAUUAUUACAACCAACUGCCUCAAAACUGGUGGCCACUAGUCAUGAGGGGGAGCUCCAAGAGAAAGAGGAAUGAAUCUGUAAAUGGCAAACCAUCAUCAUUAGAAGUAUAGUUUGAAGAGCACGCACUGUGAAUGGAGCCCUGGCGGCCUGAAACAGUUACUACAGCUUCCAAAUGCCGCACUUUGCUACUGCUCCAUUGUUUACACACUGGGACAAUCUACCUUCAUAUUUUCUUUUAAGUCUUGGCACUUCAUUUUUUUAAGAUAUCAUAUUAUGUGGCAGUUGUAUAUUUAUGACUCAAAAAAAUAAUUGACUUGAACUAACCAGAUGGUAUAAAAGCCCAGUUUAACAAUCUGUCAAGAAAAAUUAAAGUUCUGUUCCUUUCAGUGGACUUGGAAAAACUGCUGAUCAAUUAGCCUUCCAGUAUUAAUAUAUAGUUACACAUACAUUUAUACACAUACACAAUUUGACAAAUAUGUCAUUAGGAAAGUGGUUUUGCUCAAAGACACUGUAUUGCCUAUCACUGUUCCAUACUUUGAUAUUUAGUGUUGAACCACAUCUCCAGAGAAUCUGUCCCAGUGGACAAGUCAUGCACUCCUUGCCAUUAUUGAAAUUGCAGAAAUAGAAAGUAUUUUUCAAACUUUUUUCCACAUUAUCUAUUUUUAACCGGAGCUAGAUUUUAUAGCUAGAACAUGAAAAGAAAAAAAGUAGCAGGAUCACAAACUCACACAUAAUUAAUGUAUCCCCCCAAUCAAUUAUUUUCUAUGACUAACCUGAGCAUCUUUAUAGACUCCGGGUAAUGGAAAAUCUUGGAUUUUUCCAAUUAACUGUAUCUUGGGCUCUUCCAAUUACGACAGUCUUUUUUCAAGUUAAAUGUUUCUUCUUUUGAAAGUUCCACUCCCUAUCAAAAAGAGGGAUAAACUGAAUAUUUAAAUUAA